AUAUCGUUAUUUCCACAUCCGGUGUUAUGGCGACGACCGCGGUAGCGAAGUUGACCAGAGUUUUUGCUCCAAAAUUAGUUAGCUAUGCUAAGUGCAGACCAUUGAUACCCCAGAGCAAAGUCUUAUUGCGCUCAUACACUUUAAGUGCAACAAAAUUAGCAAAUGAUAGAUAUUUUACGAAAGAUCACGAAUGGGUGACUGUUGAUGGAGGAGAAGCCACUGUUGGCAUCAGUGAUCAUGCUCAGACAAAUUUGGGAGAAAUUGUUUUUGUUCAAUUACCAGAUGUUAGUUCAGAAUUUUCGCUGGGAGAAGAAUGCGGAGCAUUAGAAAGCGUUAAAGCUGCUUCAGAUAUUAUCUGUCCCUUGUCUGGAAAAGUUUUUGCCAAGAAUUCAGCUGUUGAAGACGAUCCAACAAAAAUAAAUCAAUCUCCCUACGAUGAUGGUUGGCUAUUUAAGUUGGAAAUGACAAACACGAAAGAAGUUGAAGAACUUAUGAAUGAAGACGAAUAUCAUAAAUUUUUAAAGGAGGAUGAUUGA